CGGGGCUGGCACCCCACCUCCAAUUCGGCUUCAGAGAGAGGAAGGGACAAAAGGAGGGAGGGAGAGGCCACUACUUCCUGAAUCGCCUGCAAACCGGGCGCGAGCGAGCUCGACCUGCGCUGCGCCACGAUGUCCGGAGAGUCAGCCAAGAGCCUGGGGAAGGGAAGCGCGCCCCCAGGGCCGGUCCCCGAGGGCCUGAUCCGCGUCUACAGCAUGAGGUUCUGCCCGUUCGCCCAGAGGACGCGCCUCGUCCUGACGGCCAAGGGAAUCAAACAUGAAGUCAUCAACAUCAACCUGAAAAAUAAGCCUGAGUGGUUCUUUAAGAAGAAUCCCACAGGUCUGGUGCCAGUUCUGGAAAACAGUCAGGGUCAACUGAUCUGUGAAUCUGCCAUCACCUGUGAGUACCUGGAUGAAGCAUAUCCAGGGAAGAAGCUGUUACCAGAUGACCCCUAUGAGAAAGCGUGCCAAAAGAUGGUCUUUGAGCUAUUUUCUAAGGUGCCAUCUUUGGUAGGAAGCUUUAUUAGAAGUACAAAUAAGGAAGAACGCUCUGGUCUAAAAGAAGAAUUUCGUAAAGAAUUCAGCAAGCUUGAAGAGGUUCUGACCAAUAAGAAGACAACCUUCUUUGGUGGCAAUUCACUUUCUAUGAUUGAUUACCUCAUCUGGCCCUGGUUUCAACGGUUGGAAGCACUGGAGUUAACUGAGUGUGUAGAUCACACUCCAAAAAUUAAGCUCUGGAUGGCAGCCAUGAGGGAAGAUCCUGCAGUAUCAGCCCUCCCCAUUGAUGUGAAGACCUUUCGAGGUUUCUUAAACCUCUACUUGCAGAACAGCCUGGAGGCCUGUGACUAUGGGCUCUGAUGGGGGCAGGAGUCAACAAAGAAGAUGUGUCUGAUAUUUCCCUUCACUAAUACGAAUAAUAACAUGCUUUUACUUCA